AUGACUGUGAUGAAGAAGAGGAACACAACUAAUGGAAAAUCUGCGAUGUUUGUGCCUGUGAUUCAGGAUGCUACUGUUGGCUCUGGAGUUGUAUUUGAUUUCAGUGCUUUUAUUGAGACAUAUCCUAAAGCUGUGGGAUGGUGGAAGGACAAGCGUCUCAAGAUGAAGUAUUAUGUGUGGCCACGUUCUGAGCUUUACCCUGACAGUGAGGAGCGUGCGGAUGACCAUCUUAGCAUAGUGACCCUAGAAGAAGCACCGUUUGUCAUUGUGGAAAAUGUGGACCCCCUAAGUGGUACUUGUAUGAGAAACACUGUCCCGUGCCAAAAAAGAAAUGUGACAGACAACAAGACGGAUGAGGAGACUGCGUACACCAAGAAAUGUUGCAAAGGGUUUUGUAUUGAUAUUCUCAAGAAAAUAUCCAAGUUUGUCAAGUUCACCUAUGACCUUUACUUGGUAACCAAUGGUAAACAUGGGAAGAAGAUCAAUGGAACAUGGAAUGGAAUGAUAGGCGAGGUGGUUGACAAACGUGCCUAUAUGGCAGUGGGAUCCCUCACCAUAAAUGCAGAACGCUCAGAAGUGGUAGACUUUUCUGUACCCUUCAUUGAGACGGGCAUUAGUGUAAUGGUGUCGCGAAGCAAUGGGACUGUCUCACCUUCUGCCUUUUUAGAGCCAUUCAGUGCUGAUGUAUGGGUGAUGAUGUUUGUAAUGCUGCUUAUAAUCUCUGCGGUGGCUGUCUUUGUCUUUGAGUACUUCAGCCCUGUGGGAUACAACCGGUGUCUGGCUGAUGGCAGAGAGCCUGGUGGUCCUUCUUUCACCAUUGGUAAAGCUAUCUGGUUAUUGUGGGGCCUGGUAUUCAACAACUCUGUGCCAGUGCAGAAUCCCAAGGGAACCACAAGCAAGAUCAUGGUGUCUGUGUGGGCCUUCUUUGCUGUCAUCUUUCUGGCCAGUUACACUGCCAAUUUGGCUGCCUUCAUGAUCCAAGAGGAGUAUGUAGACCAGGUGUCUGGGCUGAGCGACAAAAAGUUCCAAAACCCAAAUGCUUUCUCACCACCUUUCCGCUUUGGGACAGUUCCUAAUGGCAGUACAGAGAGGAACAUUCGCAACAAUUACGAACUGAUGCACGCCUACAUGGUGAAGUUCAACCAAAGAUCGGUGGGAGACGCACUAUCCUCAUUAAAGACAGGGAAGCUGGAUGCUUUUAUUUAUGAUGCAGCUGUGCUAAACUACAUGGCUGGCAGAGAUGAAGGCUGCAAGCUGGUGACAAUUGGGAGUGGGAAGGUCUUUGCUUCAACGGGCUACGGCAUUGCCAUCCAGAAGAAUUCAGGCUGGAAGCGGCAAGUGGAUCUGGCAAUCCUACAGCUCUUUGGUGAUGGUGAGAUGGAGGAGCUAGAAGCCCUUUGGCUCACUGGGAUCUGCCAUAAUGAGAAGAAUGAGGUAAUGAGCAGCCAGCUGGACAUUGAUAACAUGGCCGGAGUCUUCUAUAUGUUGGGAGCAGCCAUGGCCCUCAGCCUCAUCACCUUCAUCUGUGAACAUCUCUUUUAUUGGCAAUUCCGCCACUGCUUCAUGGGCGUUUGCUCUGGCAAACCUGGCGUUGUCUUCUCCAUCAGCAGGGGUAUUUACAGCUGCAUCCAUGGAGUGGCUAUCGAGGACCGCCAUUCUUCCAUGAACUCCCCCACUGCCACCAUGAACAAUACCCAUUCCAACAUUUUGCGCCUGCUCCGAACAGCAAAGAACAUGGCAAACCUUUCAGGUGUCAAUGGCUCACCACAAAGUGCCCUGGAUUUUAUCCGUCGCGAAUCCUCUGUCUACGAUAUUUCUGAGCACCGCCGUAGCUUUACUCACUCCGACUGCAAGUCUUAUAACAACCCCCCCUGCGAGGAAAACCUCUUCAGUGAUUAUAUUAGUGAGGUGGAAAGGACCUUUGGUAAUCUGCAGCUGAAAGAAAGCAAUGUUUACCAAGACCAUUAUCAUCACCACCAUCGCCCCCAUAGCAUAGGGAGCACCAGCUCCAUCGAUGGACUAUAUGACUGUGAUAAUCCACCCUUCUCCGCACAGCCUCGAUCUCUCAGUAAGAAGCCAUUAGAUAUCGGUUUGCCGCCGGCCAAACAUAGCCAGUUAGGUGACCUCUAUGGCAAGUUGUCUUUCAAGGGUGACCGAUACAGUGGUGGAGGGGCACAUGAUGAUUUGAUCCGUUCAGAUGUCUCGGACAUAUCGACUCAUACCGUGACUUAUGGCAACAUUGAGGGCAACGCCGCAAAGCGGCGAAAACAGCAGUAUAAAGAUAGUCUAAAGAAGCGGCCAGCCUCGGCCAAGUCACGGAGAGAGUUUGAUGAGAUUGAACUGGCCUAUCGCCGGCGUCCCCGUUCCCCUGACCACAAGCGCUACUUUAGGGACAAGGAAGGGCUACGGGAUUUCUAUUUAGACCAGUUUCGGGCUAAGGAGAACUCACCGCACUGGGAACAUGUGGAUCUGACGGAUAUUUAUAAAGAGCGGGGAGAUGACUUCAAGCGUGACACUAUAGGGGGAGCAGGGACAUGUACUAACAGGACCCACCACAAACAUGGGUCGGGGGAGUUUGGAGCAAACAAUGAGCACAAGCACAGUGUUGUGAGUGGGGUACCAGCACCAUGGGAGAAAAACCUCACCAAUCUUGAUUGGGAGGAACGCCCUGGCGCUAACUAUUGCCGCAGUUGCCCAUCGAAGCUGCAUAACUACACUCCGACUGUGGUGGGGCAGAACUCCACCCGCCAGCCAUGCAUCCGGUGUGAAGCCUGCAAGAAGGCCGGAAACCUCUACGACAUCAGUGAGGACAACUCCCUCCAAGAGCUGGAUCAGCCAUCUGCUCCUGUGCCCGUGGUAACCAGCACCUCCACUACCAAGUAUCCUCAGAGCCCUUCCAACUCUGCCUCCAAGGUGCAGAAGAAGAAUCGCAACAAGCUCCGCCGGCAGCACUCCUACGACACCUUUGUGGAUCUGCAGAAGGAAGACGCCGCCCUGGCCCCCCGCAGCGUCAGCCUGAAGGACAAGGGCCGCUUUUUGGAGGGAAGCCCCUAUGCCCACAUGUUUGAGAUGCCAGCCAGCGAGUCCACUUUUGCCAACAACAAGUCCUCAGUGCCCGCCACCAGCCACCAUCACCACAACAAUCCUGGCAUUAGUGGUGGUUAUAUGCUCAGCAAGUCGCUCUACCCCGACCGGGUCACUCAAAACCCUUUCAUCCCCACUUUUGGGGAUGACCAGUGCUUGCUCCACGGCAGCAAAUCCUAUUUCUUCAGGCAGCCUGUGGUGGCAGGAGGGCCCAAGGCCAGGCCAGACUUCCGAGCCAUUGUCACCACCAACAAGCCGGUGGUCUCGGCCCUCCAUGGGGCUGUGCCAGCCCGUUUCCAGAAGGACAUCUGUAUAGGGAACCAGUCCAACCCCUGUGUGCCUAACAACAAAAACCCCAGGGCUUUCAAUGGCUCCAGCAACGGGCAUGUUUAUGAGAAACUUUCCAGUAUUGAGUCUGAUGUCUGA